AUGGUAUAUUUCCGCAAGGAUUGGCAGCGUCGGGUUCGCACCCACUUCGACCAGGCCGGUAAGAAGAAGUCAAGACGCACUGCUCGUCAGGCCAAGGCUGCCGCCGUCGCCCCCCGCCCUCUCGACAAGCUCCGACCUGUUGUGCGAUGCCCUACCAUUAGGUACAACCGCCGGGUCCGUGCUGGCCGCGGUUUCACCCUCGCCGAGCUCAAGCCCUCAUGGCGAGGCGUCUUCUCUCUGUUCUGCGUGUCAUGGACACUCUCUGACCCGCUGUUCUUACAGGAGGCUGGUAUCCCCAAGCGAUUCGCCCCCACCGUCGGCAUCUCCGUCGACUCCCGCCGCCAGAACAUCAGCGAGGAGUCUCUCGCCGUCAACGUCGAGCGCCUCAAGGCCUACAAGGAGCGCCUGAUUGUCUUCCCCCGCAAGUCCAACAACCCCAAGAAGGGCGACACCAAGGCCAACCCCCGCGAGCUCGAGAAGGUCACCCUGAUCUCCUCUGCUCUGCCCCUCCCCACCGCCGCUGGCUUCUCUGAGAUCAAGAAGAGCGACCUCCCCGCCCCCGUCGAGGGUGGUGCCUACAGGGCCCUCCGCAUGGCCCGCGCCAACAAGCGUGCACAGGGUCCUCGGGAGAAGCGCGAGAGGGAGAAGGCCGAGGCUGAGACUGCCAAGAAAUAA